CGGCUCAACGGGCUGGCGCGUGGGGCGCUCGGGACUCACCGCCAGUCGGCGAGCCCUGCCCCAUGGCCACGGCAUUUUCGCAGCGCGACGCCUGAGAUGCCCAGCCCGCUGGAUAAAGGAAGCCCGUGGCUGUUUGCGGACGCCGCCUCGGCCACCUUCGCUGGGUCCUUGGGCGAGCAGAGUCCCUUCCACGACCUGCCCCUACCGAGCUGGGGCAGAUUGACGCUUAAGCCGCACGGACCGCUGAAGAAGGGAAGCCGGCGGCCGCUGGCGACCGCUGCCGCGUCCACCUUCACAGGGCCUCUUGGCGAGGGCAGGCCCUUCGGUGACCUGCCCCUGCCGAGUGGGGCGUGCGACCUCCGCCUCGGCAGCAGGGGCCUCACGGGAGUCAAGAGGCGGGCGUCAACGGGCACGCUCACGCUUCCCAGGGGCGGGCCGCUGAUCCUCGACGGGGCGCCGGGCUCGACCCGGCUGGGCCACUACUCGCUGGUGAACCUCGGCGCCCUUGGGCUCGACCACUGCGGCAGCCGCCCGGUGGGCUCGCCAGCGGGCGCGACCCACCAGCCGGGCAGCCGUCCGCAGGCCCGCGCGGCCCCCAGGCCCCUGCCGGCCGCGCGGGAGCCCCGAGCAGCAGACCUCCUCGGGCUCUCCGUGGUCCGGGGGCCCUCCCUGCCAGAGCUAGCUCUGGGGGCGCCCGAGUCGGCCCGGGCGUACCUGCCCUCGGCGCUCCGCCGCGCCGGGCCUGGGCCAGCUGCCCGCAGCUCGCCCCGCCGCCCUGCGCCACCAGGCCGCGGCGGCCCCGGUGGACGCGCUCGAGCCCCGGCCGCGAGCGCGCCCUCUGGUGGCCGAGGAGGUCGCUGCCGCCGCACCGGCGGUGCAUGCCCACAAGUCGCCAGUAGCGGCCAGCGUGGAGGGGGGGCCGUUGGUGCCGAGACGCAGGUCAUCGAAGCUCGCCGUUGA